GACGACGUUGAUGAAAACGACACCUCAGUACUACAAAGACGGUUAAAAAGCGCAUACGGGCAUAUAAGUGUUGCAUACUCCACGUACGGUACAUAACUACAAACGUAAAUAAUAAUAAUGGGUAGCUGCUGUUCAAAGGAUCCCGACUCGCAGACCUCCUGGAGUCCUUCGGAAACGAAAAAUGCGAGCACAACGUCGACAAUUGUUGCGCAGCCAACGAACGAUAAUACUUCGGCUGGAGUGUUUACGAGCACGCUAGUUGUGCCGGCUGACACAGAUGGCAUGGGCUCUGAGACAGUGACAACAACUAUAAUAAAGACAACAAAAGUCACAGAGACUGUGACGACCUCGGAGGAAUGAAUGCUGAUAACGCCACACACAAGUGGCUGCAGGAAAUGAGUGAAUAACGACCAAAUAAUAAAAGCAUUUACUAUUAAUUUAUACACAUUUAAUAAUUUAUGCAUGUGUACAUAACUAUAAGUAUAUUAAGACCAGGCCGUUGCAACGAACCCAGUGGCAGAAAGUACACAUUACAGUUAAAUAUUUACGGUAUAAACAUUGUAGAAGACGAAAUCAUUGUAAAUAGAUAUUUUUUUAAUUUGUGCAAUAAAAAGUAGAUUUUGAUACAAUUGAAAAAAAAAAAACGCUUGAGUUCAUGACCUAUCACUGCACCCCAGCUCAUCUAAACUCAUUGAUAACACUCUAAACCAACAAAGAGUUUAGUAAGAAAUGCCGAGGGAGCGCAAGCUUUCGCCGCCAAAAGUUGAAACGCAUUUAAUUACGCUUCAGUGCUGCAUUGAAUGCAGCGUAAAAGCGUUGAGCGAGAUAAUGAAAACACAUUUCAUUCUUAUUAUUAGCUGGAGCUGGCUCAGCCGACAAGAUCAACAGUUUGAGCCGCUGUCUGCCCUGCACCGCCCUUGAUACGCCUGUCCCCACCAUGUCGCUAUCCAUCCAGUUCUAAUCAGCCGAUUCGCGCAGCACCAAUAAGCGCUUGUUUAAUCGUCAAUCAGUUUCGUUUAAAUACCCGUCGCGACAACAACAUCCCUCUCAGUAUUCAACGCAAACAACAGUUCAGUUCUCAUGCUAUUCAAAUUUUAAUUCAAUUCAAUAAAAUACGAAUUUAUAUUCAAAUUUGCACGUCAACGUGUAUUGAUUGAGCGAGUUGUUUUCCAACGCUUGUCGCGCGUUUGCUUCAUAUUAUUUGUGAAAUUGAUUACUUUGCUGCUGGUUUGUUGCUGUACUCGUGACAUAUGGCACAGGUUUUGAUCUUGAUAGUGGCCGUCGUGGUGGCGAUCAGCAGUUUUGCGCAAGGCUUCGUGCUGCCGCACUACGCACAGCUCAUGGGCGUCGAUUACGAGUACGUCGAGGAGACGCCGGCCGCGCCCACCUCAACCCCCAGCUACAUAAUGCGCAUCGGACAGUCCAAUGAGUUGGGUGAACCCACAACGGCGGAGGUCACCAAAUUCAUCGACGCCGCUGCGCCAACCAAUCAACCCGACAGCGCGAAGCUUGCUACAAACGCAGAGCCGCAAGUGUUAAACAACAAGAGCACGAUGGAUGCGGCUGGCGCAGAGCAACGGCGGCAAGGCAAGACGCUGACCUACACAGAACUCGACAAACUGUUGGCGAAUUGGCAAAUGGAUCGGGAGCGCAAUGCUUACGAAAUGCAGGCUAGCAAACAGUACGGAGCCAAUGCGCGCCACUACUAACGGAAUGUGUGAUUGAAAAUAUUAUUGUUUAUGUUUGAAAAAAAAUUGUCUAGGUAUGCAUUAAAGUUGGGUAGCAGUGUGUAGUUAAGUCGAUUGCUAACGGCGGUUCAAAUGUCACGCUGAUAACGCGAUGUCAUGCGCAUUGCUAUUAAGGAAAGGAGGGGUUCCGCAUCGAAAAUUUAAUAUUUACUUUUGAUAAUUGUUUCUUUAAUCCCUUAUAGUUAAUUAAAUGAUCCUCGGAUUGUACCAUUACAGCAAAGGCCCAGUAUAUAAUAAUUAAUUGCAAACGCAUUAACUGUGUCACCUUAUAAAUAUUUGUUUAGUUAAAUUUAUCUCGUAUGAAUACUUGCGUAUAAUCUCUAUCGAAAUAAAAUACUCGACAAAGGCUGCUAUCAAGUAGUCAAGUACACAAAUAAAGUAAAUUGCUGUGCACAUUUCAUUUCGACUAUAAUUGGGAGCAAUUAAAACUCUUAUAGAUAAGAUAAUAAUGGUGAAAUUGUGGUGUUGGUGUCAUCUCCCUAUUAAUUUGCGACGCAAAGAUGUACCGAGCAAACUCAUUUCCAAAUUUUUAUAAAACGGUUAAAGAUUUCGAAUAAGUUUUAAGUAUUAGUAUUUAAGUAUUCCAUUUUUUGAAAUAAAUAAAUAAAUCCAUUGACUACAA